CUGGCUGUUAGUCUGUUUCCCCUGCAUCGCCAUGUCCGACGCCGAGAAGAAAAGAAUCCAGCUGGAAAUCGCAAGAUUAUCAGGCGCCAUCCACCGCCACACACAUAAUGCCUCCUACCAUCCAUAUAAAUCUGCUUACCCGCCUGCAAGAGGCCAUCCAAGAGGAAGGAGUCGUGGGACUGCAAGCAGUCGAGGUCGUGGACGAGGCGGAAGGGGUGCUUACUCCCUUGAUUUGAGAGCUCAAAACCAGGCUGCAAGCGCUUCCGGAUCUCAAGCGUCAACACCUACAGGUGCAGGCUCAAGUGCCCAAGCAGGCCCCAAUACAGAAAAAGAAGAAGGCGAAAUUGAUCCCGAACCUCCCGCCCAACCUGCGGCUUCGUGGGUCAAGACUGCCCGAUCAGGUCAUCAAAGUCUUAUGACUGCCGAGAAGAGGGCACAACUACAAGCAAAUUCGGUCUACAAAACUUCCAAAUCUUUAGCGAGCAUGAAACCUCCCGGAAAAGGUCGACAGCCUAGACUGAAAAUCAAAGCCGUCCCGGUACCAGAUGGCACCCCACGCGUCUUUAUCGACGGCGUUACAUACGAGUUUAACCCUGGUGGCAAAGGUCUAAAACGGACAUCAGACUACAAGCAACCGAACACCCUACAGUGGUACAUUGACAGCCCGAAGCCUAGAUUGGUCAGUGUCCUCGGUAUAAAAUAUAGAUUUCAACCCAACGGAGAUCUCACCCUGCCGAAAUCAAAUGUGCCCAGAAGAGGGCAGCUGUGCCCUUACUUUUCCAAGACGGGUCGAUGCCGAAAAGGACAUAUUUGCAAAGCUAUCCACGACCCCGACCGAGUUGCUGCCUGUCCCAAUUUCCUCCGCGGACGAUGUGAACUCGGUCCUAUUUGUCCACUCUCACACAGAACAACUGCGCACAAUACACCCUCCUGCACCCGAUUCCAGGCCCUAUCUUACUGCACUCGUCCCAACUGUCCCUAUCCACACGUCAAGGUAUCGAACGAUGCGCCGAUAUGCGAAGACUUUGCCUUUACUGGAUGGUGUGAUACGGCAGAGGGCGAGUGUCCAAAUUUGCAUUCUUACGACUGUCCCGAAUUUUGGUCUACGGGCAAGUGCCCGAGAGGCGCCAAAUGCAAGCUCAGACAUACACUUCGUGCGGAGAAGGGUAGGGUGGCAAAACCGGAAUCCACAAAAGAAGAAGAGAAAAAGAGCAAGAAGACGGAAGUCCCGCCAGGGAGCUUUGAGGAACAAACCGAGUUUAUCGUGUUUGACGAUGAGGGAUCACCUGGGUUGGCCUUGUCUGAGAGCGAAGAGGAUGACGAGGAGGAGAAUGACGAUGACGAGGAGGAGAAUGACGAGGGAGAUGAAGAUGAGGAUGAGGAUGAGGAUGAAGAAGACGAGGACGAGGACGGCCAUGGUAAGCAAGAGGCUUCAGCUGACGAGAAGGACGAAUCCGACGAAGACGUCAAGAUUCUGUUCUAGAAUUGUACCUUUUUGCGCCUUUUAUUAGUACAUCGACCUUGCCACCUCUAUCCAUUAGUCAUGACCGUUACGAGUACAAAAACAUGGAUAAAUGCAUAACAUAG